UCCGCGACAGUCGAGGGAAAAAAAGACACAAGCACAACACGCACGCGCGCGUGCGCACACCCCGCACACGGACAUGGCUUUGUCUUAACGCACCGGCCAUGACGCAGUGCUGUCAGGGCGCUCCGAGCCGCCGCCGCCGCCGCCGCCCCGCGUAGAGCCGACGUAGAGCCGCCUACCGGAGGAGAGAGGAGAGGGAGGAAAGUGAGGAAUCCAACAGUUUUUCUCCCAGGAAGAUGGCGCCCACCAAGCCGAGCAUCCAGCAGGACCCGACGCGCAGAGAACGUGAUCCCUACUGGGAGCGGUCGUCUAAUGCAGGCAGCUGCUCCGCCACCCGGCCCAAGACCCUUCAUUUGGCUGGCCAGCAGCAUACUUCCUCACCAUGGCUGCAGGCUCUGAGGAAGGAGAAAUCAAGGGAUGCCGCAAGGUCACGGCGGGGUAAAGAAAAUUUUGAAUUUUAUGAGUUAGCCAAGAUGCUGCCACUACCGGGUGCCAUCACCAGUCAACUCGACAAAGCCUCAAUCAUUCGGCUCACCAUCAGCUACCUGAAAAUGAGGGACUUUGCCAACCAGGGAGAUCCACCAUGGAAUCUGCGUAAUGAGGGCCCUCCACCCAACACCUCAGUCAAAGCUAUCGGUACUCAGCGAAGGAGGAGUCCCAGCAUCAUUGCCUCCGAGAUUUUCGAACCUCACCUGGGUAGCCACAUUUUACAGUCUCUUGAUGGAUUUGUAUUUGCACUAAACAAGGAGGGACGCUUCCUCUACAUAUCUGAGACUGUUUCCAUCUACCUGGGAUUGUCACAGGUUGAGCUAACUGGAAGCAGUGUGUUUGACUACGUACACCCCGGUGAUCAUGUGGAAAUGGCAGAACAGCUCGGCAUGAAGAUUCCCUCAGGCAGAGGGAUUUCUCUGUCUCAGGCUGUCAAUGACGACGGGGCAUCCUCUACUUCAUCAUCGUCGCAUUCUGAGACGCCUGAACCAGUGGAGUCUAGCAAUCCCAGUCUUCUGGAUCCUGAUAAAAUUCUGGAGCGAGCCUUCUUCAUCCGGAUGAAAUCUACACUCACAAAGAGAGGCGUGCACAUCAAGUCCUCAGGAUAUAAAGUGAUCCACAUUACAGGGCGUCUGCGGAUCAGGAUGCCUCUGAUGCACAGCCGCUCGGUGCCUAUUCACAUCAUGGGGAUGGUGGUGGUAGCUCAUGCCCUCCCGCCACCCACAAUCAAUGAGGUUCGGAUCGACUGUCAAAUGUUUGUCACCAGAGUCAACAUGGACCUCAGGAUUGUCUACUGUGAAAACAGGAUCAGUGACUACAUGGACCUUUCUCCGGUGGACAUUGUGGGGAAGAAGUGUUACCAGUUCAUUCAUGCUGAAGAUGUAGAGGGGAUCAGAAAGAGUCAUCUGGACUUGAUGAAUAAAGGUCAAUGCGUGACCACAUAUUACCGGUGGAUCCAGAAAAAUGGUGGUUACAUCUGGAUCCAGUCCAGCGCUACCAUUGCUGUCAACGCCAAGAAUUCCAGUGACAAGAACAUAAUCUGGAUCAACUAUGUCCUCAGCCUCUCAGAGUACAAAGAAACACCGAUGGACAUUUCUCAGCUGCCAAACUUGCCGGACAAAACUUCUGAGUCCUUUGAGACCUCCGAAUCUGAGUCUGACUCCAAAGAAAACUCAGACAAUGAAAAUCCAAAGUCUGAAGGAAAGUCGGGCAACCAGGCAGAACACACCAAGGAACCAGAGAUGGAAAGUACACGUCAGCAGCAGUCUGGCCAAUCCUACUGCUCCUCUUCACAGGAAAUUAAAUUUCUGGAACCAGGAGACAGUUCAAGUAACCCUGAGAGCCAGGAAAGUGAUGACAGCCUGGAAACCUCAGAUGUAGAGCAGGAGCAUGAGUUGGAGCAUGAAGAUGCCAGGAGACAAACACCUCCUGGGAUCCACAUGCCAGGAGAUGAAAGUAGGUUGGAAAGGUUAUCUGGACUGGGAGGAUUAGACGGAAUGAAUAACAUCAGUGAACUGCGUAAUUUAGAUGGUAUUCAUAUCAAAGUAGAGCAUUAUGGAGAAGGAGAAGAAAUGCAAAUGAACAAUUCACAAACAUCUUCAUCAGAGGAGGAAGAAGAGGGGGAUGUGGAUGAGGAUGGUAAUGAGGAAGGAAAUGCAGGAGUGCAAGACUGCAAGAGUGCUCGUACCAACAGCAACCUCCUGAAGAGGCGAAAAAGAAGAAAAGUCCAAAAGUGGGAAAGAUCACAAACCAGGAGGCUCUGUUUGUCUAUUACUCCACCUAAACCUGUAGCGAUAGAAGAUACCAUUCCACAAGGUGACCCCUUGGGGGUUGCAUCUGCUCACUGCCUGACCACCUCUGGUUCUCCAAACAGCACAGACCCAACGUCGUCGGUUCUUAAGAUCAAGACAGAGAUGACGGAACCAAUCAACUUUGACAAUGAUAGCAGCAUCUGGAACUAUCCUCCCAACAGGGAGAUCUCCAGAAACGAGUCUCCAUACAGCAUGACCUCCAAGCCGACUGCUCCAGGGAGUCAAAAGACUUUUCCUUCACCACAGGGAGAUUCACAACAGGUACUCAUUCCUGACUCCGUCCUAACCCCUCCCGGAACUGACGGCGGAGCAGGAACAGUAAGGAAGACUCCUUACAAUGGAAACGUGGCCCCUUCCUCCUCUUCCAGUGUUACAAGUUUAGCAUCUCCUUCCAACACGUCCUCUUCAGACCCCUUGUCUCCUCCUCUCUCAGCAUCCCCACGGGACAAGCUGCAAAGCACUCCAACCUCCUCCUCCUCCUCGUCCUCCUCGUCCUCCUCCACCUCAUCCUCAUUAAGCUCUUCCUCCUCACUGCUGUAUUCUGGUGAUCUUGAAGCACUGCAGUGUUUGCAGGCUGGUAAUGUGGUCCUUCCACUGGUUCACCGGGUCUCAGGGACUUUGGCUUCCACCAACACAACAGCUCCGCGUGUCUACACCACUGGAACCAUCAGAUAUGCACCAGCAGAUGUCACUCUGACAAUGGCGCAAACCAACCUCCUCCCUAACGCUGCCAUGAACUUUGUUGAAAAUGCGGGAUUCGGUCUGGACCCUAAGACGCCCAUGGAGAUGCUCUAUCACCAUGUGCAAAGACUGAACAUGUCUGCCGCAGCAGCUGCUGGUCAGUUUGUUGGCUCUCCAGCACCCGCGGGUGGUAACGGUGCUCUGGUUGGCCAGAUGCCGACCACAGCCAAUGUUUUCACCACAGCAGAGGGACUCUUCUCAACGCUACCGUUUCCAGUGUACAGCAACGGGAUCCACACCACACAGGCCAGUCUGAAGAGGAAGGAGGAUUAACACAAAAUAUCCGAGACCACAUUACUGUGUUUCCAAAAUCAGCAACUGUGUCAAAGUGUAAGAUUAGCCUACUUAUUUGUUACAUUAAAGACUAUUUACAUGCUAUCUUUUAUUACAGCAUUGAAGCACUGUGUUUCCAUGAUUCAGGGGGGGGGUAAUUGUAUGCUAGCACUUUGAAUUUGAGUAACUCGACUGGUGUUAAAGACAUAAUUGGCUCUGAAAUAUCUGUCCCUUUUCUGCUUUUUAUUCUGUUAGUUUCCAUCUGAAAACAUCCUAUUGGCAUGUUUUUGUUCUGAUUGUUCUACUUGUUCUGAUUGUUUUGAUUGUUCUGAUUGUUGAGGCGGCCUUCUUGCCGACAAAAAAAUUCAAAUUCCUAUGAACUGAUACUAUUCCAUUGGAGCUUAAAGAAGAGUUUUUUAUACUAUAACGUUUCUGUUGCAUCUUUUUGAGGAUGCCGAUUGUGUAUAUUUUAAGGUCAGUGUAGGAAUUUGUAAAGACAGAACGCUACAUGCUGCUCCGAGCCAUCCUGAUGUGAUCCAAGCCUAAAGAGAAAGGUUUUUCCUUGUUAAAGAGGAGGUGGGACUCAAGAUCUCAACAAGUCUAAGUGACUUUUGAAAGAAAUGUUUUUUGAAAAUGUUUUUUGAACGAGGUGAUUGUUAAGAGAAGUAAUGCUUUUUUCCUUUUUUAUAUGACAUUCUAUCUCAGAUUUAACCUACAAACUAAGCACUGAGAAAAUACAAUGAACAAAACAUAAAAAAGCAACUUCAGUCAGGUAACGUUUGAAAUAUUACUACAUGUUUCUCUUUUUUCCAGGAGCUUGCUCACACCUCCUCCACACCUCUUCCCAUCUCAGUCUGUUAAACGCUCUUAUUUUGUGGACUUGUUAAUGUUUACCUAAAACAGCGGGGCAAUAUUUCACUGCUCAUGUGUAUUUGUGGUGCUACCCUCUGGGCUGAAUGGGGGGGCUCAGCUUGGUGACAGACUCCUAGACCCAUCAUUGUUCUUUUUUAAGGAGGAAAAUUUUUUAUAUUUGUUGGGGGUUUUUUUCUUCUGACCUUCAGUUUUCACCCUUCCAGUCCCUCUCCAGUCUGAUUAGUUUCACAAGGGGCAUUGCCAAGGUCAAACAUGAAUGUCGCCAGCGCGUGCUGGCUCCUGCUUGAUUAGUUUUGUGUUGCCCCCCGCCCCUCUCCUGCUGCUCAUCUUCUGAUCCAGAACCGCCUCCCGCACAGACCGGCCCACUCUCUUCCACGUCACCACCAGACCUGGGGUUCAGAAAACACAUAUCAACAAGGACACGAUACAGACAGGAAUUUUCAGUUGAUCUGUAAAGCGUUGAAUCAACUGAAAUAUGACUGUUUUGUACAUUUUGAAUAAUGAAAAACAAAAAAAAGAAAUCAAAUUUUUCAAAAUAGUGUCGUCUUUGUCAUCAUCGUUGUCGUACUUGGUUUAUUUCUCAUUCUUUGUUGCAAAAAGAAAAAAAAAUCUCUCAAAUGUGAUGUUUUAAAAGCACUGUGAUUUCCUUUUAUUUGGAAUCUGCUCUUCUAAGUUUUGGAAAAACAGAGAGAGAGAGCAAGAGGGAGAAUGACAAGAUAAAUAAUAAUUAAAUCAGUAUAAAAUGAUUACAUGGUCCAUCUCUUUAAAGUUGACAACCUUGUCUUUGCUAUCUCAUCAUCUUUAUUACCCAGUGUUGUUAAGCCGUAAAAAUGUGUUACCAAUGUGUUUUGUGCCACUGACAGUCAACGUCUUUCAUAUCAACUUCUGUGCGUGCGUGCGUGCGUGUGGGUAUUUACUAUACGCGGUAUAUACUGAUACUACCGUAUCUAUUUUUAUUCUUAUCUUCUCUGUGUUCUAUCUCUGUGUUGGGGAAGGAGAGGAAGCGGGUUGAGAGGAAAGGGGUGGCGAUCUCAAAUGAUUGGCAUCCUAAAAAAUGACAACUCUUUACCUCUUUGUUUCCUUCUCUAGUUCCCUCUGUUUGCAGUCUUUGUGAAACCAGUGGAGGUUGUGAAGUUUUGUCUGGUGGCCUUUGAGGAAAAAAAACUGGGAAAAAGACUUUACCUCCUUUGUGUCUCUGUAUAAUCAUAUUUUAUUUUCUAAUCCUACUCUGUUACUGUGCUUUUUGCUGUGGUGUAGUAUUAUUCAAGCCUCUUUAUCUUGCUGUCUUUUUUCUAAGAGAUGAAAAGAUUAUUUAACUAAUGCAAAGAUUUAUUGAGCCAUGUUCUUGUCGCUAAGUAAUUUUGGGAGGAUUGACAAUGAAGAUGAAUAAAUUAUAAAGGAAAAGCCUGUUAAAGGAUUUUAAAUAUACUCCUUGAGCUUGGGAAACCAAUGAAAGCUAAAGCUGAAAAUGUUAAACAUUUUCCCAGAAUUCCUUUGGGGUUUCUCGUGUGCAUUGGGUGUAUUUCAAUGGUUCCUUCCAAAAACGUGUUUUUCCCCAGUGCAAAUGGUCCUGAAAUGGACGAAAGAAAUGGAGUCCAAAAGAGGAGGGGACACUUCAAAUUUAAAGAAGAAAAAUAUUUCUCACCAUAAAUCUAUUUCUAUAGGUGUUUUGGGAAACUAAACUGCACAUUUAGUGUUCCAUCUGUUAAUCCCUUGCUAUGAUUUCUUUUUUACAUUCUGUCAUGCCCAUAGCCGAUGAUCAAUUUCUUGUUACUGACAUGAACACGUUGAAAAAACAAUGCAAGCAAUAAGAAGAGAAUGUUAUUUAAGUGGUUCCUACUGGAACCACUUACAUCACUAGAUCCUUACUAGAUCCUUUCCUAACAGUGUCUUUUAACACGGCAGCAACUUUGCUGAUUAAAACGGGACAGAACCAAGAGAAAAUAACCGGUAUUUAUUUAUCUAUUUAUCUGUUUGAAAUCUGCUUCCACCUACUUCUAUCUGCUAAAGAAGAAGAAGCGUAUUCUUCUUUGCAUUUAUUUUGUCUUAGUUUUGAUUCUAAUUCCGGUUAGAUCACCCCGAGCGGUGGAAGAAAAAUCCACAGAAUAGCUGCACCUUUGUAUAAGCUGCACGGUUGAAAACCUAUGAAAAAAGUAGCGGCUUAUAGUCCAGAAAAUACGGUAAAUAAACAGCGACGGUACAGAUGCUACACUACACUAUCAGGGCAUCGGUUUAAAUUUGGCUUGUGUUUGAUUGUGUUAUAUUUGAAUUAUUAGCCAUCUUAUUUUCCAUCCUUCUUGAAUUCUAUCAGAAAUGAAAACAGUGACUGACGACAGCGGGUUCUGUCCAGGACUCUAGACCAGAGCAAUCUGUAAUGUUGUUCUUCUUUCCUUUAAUUUCUGGGCGACCACACAGAUUAACGCCACCUGCAGUCAUGGGGACUUAUUUACGCCUCGCGCACGCGCAGAACAUGCGCUUUAGUCGGGAUGGUGUGCUCGAGUAUUUAUUUUUUUCACCAACUCUGGGAAGUGGGAGCCGACUUUCUGACUGAAUGCUUUUCUGCCUACGGUCAGCCUUCGUGUUGGUGUGUGCCAGCCUUGAGAACAAGAAACAAACCCUUCAGUUCUCCAUUUCAGUUGAUUUGUGUAGCACCAAUUCAGAAUAUAAGUUUUCUCAAGGCUCUUUAAACAGAAAAUAAAUAGGUUGAAUAAGGUCCACGCUAAUUAUUAUCCAGUUAUAUUCCAACUACCGUAUAUCCCUUUACAAUCCAGUUUCUAGCCCAAUUCAAACUCAUCACAAUUCAUUAAAAAAGCACCCCAACUAAGGAAUCCAAUAGAUUCUGAUUCAGUUCCCCAUCCUACACACAAGCUCACAGUGGAAAGAACCUUCUCGCACAUCCAGGCUCACAAAGGUUGCUGGUUUGGCUUAACUAUUGGCGCGCAUAGCACAGCCCUGUUUAAAGAGAGGCAACUGGGAUGAUGCACGUCGUUGGUGGAAAGCACUUAAGUAACGUAACCAGGAAACACACCCACAUGUAACUUGAACCAAAAAGUCCGUUCAAGCUGUUUCAGUGUUUUUUUCUCUGUGUUUUAUGUCAAAAAUGAAAACCUUGUGAAAUCUUUAAAACCUUAAUCACAGCUGCUGUCAAAUACAUAGUGUUUAAGAUUCACAAAUAUUGAAAUAUCAUUUCAUUUACCUGUGAAGAAACUGUGUCUGUGUUUUUAAUAAUUUCUUGUACAAUUAAAUAGAUUAUUUUAUCAGGAACUUGGUGCCAAUAGCUGAAAUAUGGGAGAGAGGGAGUCUCUUAUCAGUGUUAACAGUGUUAUAGAAGUCUAAAUCCAAACAAAUUAAAAUGUUGAAAAAGAAAAAAAAAACUUAAGUACAUUUCAGUUUUUUUAAUUUGUUUUCCUUGCACAGAAGGGAAGUAGCACGUGACUAAUUGAUGCUAACUUUGAGUGCCUGGCUACUUUUUUUAUUAUUUUCAGUACACAUAUUUUUAAACUCAUUUGCCACAAAUACACUGCAAAACUGAAAAUGUACAUACUUCAUUUUUAAAGCUAUGUUAUUUUAUAUGUUUUCUAGGUUUUCAUCCAUUCAGAGGAUCAUGUCACCUACAUGGUUGUCUUUCUGUAUACCUUUUUAGGCCACCUUACAGAUGCCAUAUUCAUAAUAAA